UUUAUUACCUGUCUCAUUAUCCUGAUGUUAAACGAAAGUUACUGAAGGAGUUCGAAACAGUUGUCGGAAAAAAUCCCGACACUAAGAAGAUUACCCUCGAUGUUAUUAACAAACUUGAAUACACCGAAGCUUUUAUUAAAGAAGCAAACAGAUUAUUCCCUAUUAUCCCUAAUAUUGGAAAACGAAAUAGAGAUCCUAUUGAAAUUGGUGGCAUGACGUUUCCGGCCAAUACAUUAUUUCUCACAAAUAGCUUAGCUCUUUACACGCAUAAGAACCAAUGGUCCAAUCCCAGCGAAUUUAAUCCUGACCGAUUUUUAAAGUCAAGUCCAGAGAGCAAAAACUCUUUUUACAUGUUCGGUUCAGGGGAAAGAAAGUGUCCCGGAAGAAAUCUAGCAAUGAUAGAACUCAAGACUACAUUACUCAUGUUGUAUUCAAAAUAUGAUGUAGAGCUCGUAGAUAUGAAUGCACCCUUAAAUUAUAACGGAGAGUUCCUAAGGGCUUGUGCUAAGUUAGAAGUAAAGAUUAAAAAACGACGAGAUUUGGGUUUGGUUGAAAGUUAG